AUGGCCAAAUCCAGUCAGCGCGUCUCCUCCCCAAGCGAGAAUUCACAUCACAGCAAGAAGCGGAAGCGCAAGAGGUCUCGCAAGUCUUCGUCGAGCAUGGGCAAUCCAGCCCCAAGCGAAGUGCUUCCAGACGAGGCCAAGGCGCUGAGGGGGCAGUCUGCACAGGAUACUCGGUCGCUGAGAGAAAGAGAGCCUGAGACAUACCACAUCUAUGCUAGUUCUGACGACAGUGAUGCUGAAGCGGACAAUGCUAGGCCGAAGCCCAAGACUGUGGCUACAGCCGACGAUGCAGACGGCGAAGAGAGUUCUGACGAAAGGUCACACCAUUCCCUCGAGGAUGCACAUGCCGUUCUGGCCCCGAGUCCAGUACCGGAGGAAGUUCAGCAAGAGGAAGAUGUCUCUGUGUUGGCCACUCAAGUGGAUGGUGCAGUCCCCGCUGCUAAGACCAAUGGCGCCGUGCCUAGGCCGGAGGUUACCAGCGAGGGUCGAUUUCGAUGUCCAUUCGCAGAAGAGUACGGAUGCGAGAUCACUUUCGCUAACAAGAAGGGGGCAAUUCGACAUGGUGCAAUCCACACUUCGAGCUUUGCUUGCUCUGUUUGCGGUAAGAAGUUGAGCCGGCCGGAUACGCUAAAUGCGCAUAUGGGCAAACAUACGGCGCUGGAGAUCGCUUCUGCCGAAGCAGGAGAUAAAGCGGCUGCGGAAGAGGGUCAGGACAAGCGCAGUCGCGGAGACAAGAACAAAGUCGAGAGACGCACGACUCCUGUUCCGGGUCAAUUAGAGGAACAACACGAAGAAAGUCCUGCUGAGUUUGCAACUCCGCAAGAGACUUCUCAAGACCAAGCGGCCGACCAGCAAGAUGGACACGAGGAGCUUCCAGAACUGCCGGCCGAAGCCGAGGUCAACGGUACAGAAGCUCAAAAUGGUGAGGCUGGACAGGAACCUUCCGAACAUGAUUCACCUACACCACCCAGUAUCUUCGACGAGGCCGAUGAGGCGAUUGUGAAGGAGACACCCAUGCCGAAGGGUGGACUCAAGCGCAAACGUGAUGCCGUGGAUACGGCCGACACCUCUCAACAGAGGAUUGACAACCCUAGAAAGAAAGCAAAAAGAGCUUCUAAAUCUCCUCCGACAUCCGCUCAGUCGUUGGACUUGGGCAGGUCCGAUUCGGCGGAGGACACACAGGGACCACGUCGCCAGCAAGAUACUCAGAAGAUUGUACCUAAGCUACAGAAGAGCCGACAAGGUAGCAUCGAUGGUUGGGCGCAGAAAUACACUCCUGGAUCUAAGCUCAGACACCCUGCAUUCAAUCCCAAGUCGCCGACAUCCACGACCGCGCGACGGGUUGAAGUGGUCGUUCCAAGAACAAGUCAAGGAGGACCUUCCAGCACCAAUCCAGCCAAUGACCUGCCCCUGGAUUCCGACCGCGCUGUCAGUAACAACGAACUCAACACCGACCAGCUCGAGGCUAUUGGACUGAGGAAAGGCAAGUCUCGGAUAUCAACGUACACGACUCCGAAAGGCAAGAAUCGGGCCGAAUCCGGGAUCGAUUACUCUACUCCCUCUCAAGGGCAAACCGACAAAGCCAACGAUGUUUCUGACGGCCAUGAAUCCGAGCCGACCAACUUUGCAACGACAGUGGCGAGAAGGUCCUUCAUAGCAGUCAAUUCAAAGCCACAGCCGCCAGAACAGGAGGAAGAGUCCGGGUCAGACUUCGCAGAGGAAGAGGCCGACCACACUGAAGAGGAGAGACCAAGUAAACGCGCUCGUAAACGCACUCGGUCCAAUGGCACAACCGACAAGGGUUCUCAUGAGUGUCGCAGGUGUCAUCGUACCUUUUCGAACGAGAACAGUCUUCGGAGGCAUCUCGGCAACCCAUCUUCUCAUUCCAACCUGUACAAGUGCCAUUCUUGCUCCGAGCAAUUCUUCGCGAUCACCGCUCUGGCCAAUCAUGAAAGAGACACGGGGCAUGGCAAAGGAAACGGCCUACAGGGCGCCACUGGUGCAUUCAGCGAAAGGGAGGUCCGGAAGCUGUACGACUGGAGAGACAUGUUCUGCGAAGACCAUAACAUCACCCAUGAACAAUUCAACCAGAUGAUGACCGACACCUUGCAGCGAAAGGCAGGCGAGCUGUGGGAUUGGCCGUUUAUCAGCAAAUCCGAAUUCCUCCAAGAAUACUGCGGUGUGCUCCCUCACCGCAACAAACGGUCGAUGCUGCGUUACCGCGAACGCAAUUUCCAGAAUCUCGCAGGUUCCCGGGACUGGACGGCGGAGGACGACAAGGACCUGAUACGGCUGCAUAAAGAGCUCGGUCCGAAAUGGUCGGAGAUUGCUCGGAGACUGACGAGGACGGUCGAUGCGGUCACCCAACGGUGGCGACACAAGUUGCAAUUCGGACGCGUCGAACAGGGUGUAUGGUCGGAGGCUGAACAGAUCAAGUUCAAGGAGGUGCUGGAGCAGGUGCGCCGCGAUUCGGGCACCACCGCGGACUUGGACGAAUGGCGCAUUCCCUGGAAACAAGUCAGCGAGAGGAUGGGCACCAGGACGGCCCAGCAAUGUUCGAACCAUUGGCGCUCCCUUCACAGUGUGAAGAACCGAGGCAGGUGGUACAAGGUUCCUGGGCUGGAGAGGACGCCUGGAUCCAGUAGGAUCUUGACCCCGUCCAAGAUGGAGCGCCGGUUGAAGGGGGAAGCUUUGAGAUCGGGAGAUCGAAAAAGUCUUUCGGAACAAUUUGUACGUGAGGACGAUGAGGAUGAGGAUGAUGAAGAUGAAGAUGAAGAAGAUGAAGGUGGAGCAGAACACGAGGAUGAUGGGGCUGACGAUCACGAAGACUCGGCUGACGAAAAGGAUGGCCAGCAGGGAGAAGAGGAUAGAGACGAUGAAGAAGAGAACGGAAAAGACGUACAAGCUUCAAUCCUCAACGAACAAACAUCCUCAGUGGCGGAGGAAGAGACUGAAUCGGCAGCAAAGACCUCCCGUCAAAAAGGCCGUCGCAAUCCUCUGACCGCGAAAACACCCGGCAAGACACUCGGGUCGAGUCAACUGUUCGCACAGACUCAAGCCAACACGUCCGCCCUCAAGGCUUCUUCGCAAAGAAAUGGAGCAGGACACCUCGAGGCCGAACUGGGAGUGGAUAUGGAUGGCGAUGAUGAUCGACCAUCGCCCGAAAUCCCUAUCCAGCGGCGCGUCAUGUCGUCUCGGUCUCCAUUGCAGGAGAUCAGGGUCAAAGAAAACGGCGAUCUACACCUCGAUAGUGACGACGAGGAUGAGGCAGAGGCAGAGGAUCCUGUGGGAGGAGAUGAGUCUGACGACCCCGCGGACGUUGAAGACGCGGACGAGAAUGAAGAUGAGGGUGAUGCGUCCGAUUUGCAAGUCGGUGAAGAUGUCGAAGUCGCCGAGGAGGAAGGGGCCGAUCACGACGAAAAUCAAGACGCGACAGAAGAAGAAGAAGAAGAAGAAGAAGAAGUAGAGGGAACCGGCGAUGAUGGAGAUGAUGACGACGACGACGACGAUACAACAUCAUCGUCAUCGUCAUCAUCGUCAUCGUCAUCGUCAUCAUCAUCAUCGACAACACCAGACGAGAACAUGCUGAGCGUGAAUGGAAAAACGACACCAAAAGCGAACACGAAAGCCAAAGCCAAAGGGAGAGGUGCUAUUAUGAACAACUUUAUGGAGAGUAUCAACGAAUCCGCGCGUCGGGCCAAGAGCAAUUGGCUGUCACGCAGAACGAAUGGGUCUGGCUCUGUGUCUGGCUCUGUGUCUGGCUCGCAGGGUCUUCGAGGAGGGUUGAAGAUGCAGUGGAACCGGAACCGGAGUGAAGAUGAAGAUGAAAGCGAGGAUGGAGAUGGGGAUGGCGAAGAAGCGAAGCAGAUCAGAUCUGGUCAGUCUGAAGAAUGA